UUUCGUGUUGUCAAACAAAAUUUACCAGAUAUUUAUACUUCCUACGGCGUUUAAGAGCGUUUUCCCCCGUGGGGUGUUACAAGUUUUUCGACAUGUCCGAAAUUACUCACUCAAAAGAAUCGGUGUAUGAUUGUAUACCUUUGGUGUCCAAAGAUAAGGAGACUGAAAUAAAAAAGCCACCAAGGUACAUAUCCAAGUUCAGGCCAGCUGUUGUUCUUGAGAGCAACCUACAGAAGGGAAAAAGCAAUACGAUGAGAACGAUGGGACCAGCAAAAGUCGACUUACCACCUCCGGACAAGUACCUGAAGAAGCAUUCAAAAGAGCCCAAACUGCCUGAAAAGACAGAUUCCUCAAAAGACCCCCGUAGUACCCAUUUUUGCUCCGUGAGGAAGCCAGCGGUCCCUGCAAGAACUGAACGGCCACUGAUGGGAAUUCCUUCCAAGAAGGACUUCAGGGAGACAACCGUAGCUGUGCCGAAGAAGCCUCAACCCAUACAAGUAGACUCCAGUCACGGACAUCGAGAACGCCUAGAAAACUCUGGACUUGUCCCCAAAUACAUCAUGAAAAAUGAUUAUGGUAAAACACCUGUGUACCUGCAGAAGCGCAAAGAAGCAGAGCAGACGGCUCAGGAGCACGAUAGGUUGGUAAAGGAAGAGGGGCAGCACAGAGCCAUCCAACGUCUGCCAGAUGAGGAGCGACAACGUGUCCUGGAGGCCCUGAAGAAAGAGUGGGAUACAUACAUGCAGAUGUAUCAGAAGAUCCCAUUCUUGAUGGAAACUCCAUCACAGAAAGCCCACAAGAUUGAGCUGGAAAAGAGAAUGGAUGAACUGGAGAAGAAGAUAAGUCUCAUUGAGAGGUUCAAAACCAUCUACAUAACCAAUGAUGAAAUUUCACACUGCGGCGACCAUCUUUAAGACUUUGCAUUAAAUACAGGUCUCAUUUUUCCUGUGAUCUCUAGAACUAAUUCGAGAGUCCUGAUCAGAAUUACUUCCAUGCUUGUUUGUAGCAGUGAAGUUGUACUUUAACAUCCUCUUUAAAUAAAAGUAAACCUUCUCUUUUGAUGAAAGUGUAAAAGCAGCCCCUGAAAUUGCUCAUUUUUAAGUGGCUGCCAAAAACACUGAAAGCAAAACUCUUGCUUGACAGGAUUUCAGCUGCUUGAUUGAACAGGACCUACUUUGCCGUAUUUUUUACACUCGUACAGCAGAUGUUUUAGUCUGUGACAGGACUUUGCAGUAGGCAGGUCUGUUCAGUUAAAAUCUGUAACCAUACUGUUGAAAUACUUGC